CAGGGCAGUCCAACUACCAGGUCACCUGCCCGCAUCCCGGCCCCUUCGUCUCAGCUCGUGGCCAGCCAACGGAGCCAGGAGCUGUAAGGCCAGGAGCCCAUGAGCAGCAGGGCUAACCGGCCCCGCAGCCGUAGGGGCCGAGCUCCACCCCCUGGGGAGCUGGACCCCGUGGCGGAGAGCGCAGAGGAGACUGAGGUGGUGGCAGCGGCAGCUGGGGGGCCGGAUGAGAGGGCCGUCCUGCGGUAUGAGGAGCAGAUCACCGAGCUCUUAGUGACCAUUGCCGAGCUGCAUGGCAAGUUGGAGCAGCUGCAGCAAGCUAGGGCAAGGGAGGGAGAAGAGGAUGCAGAGCGAAGCUCGGAGUACAACACUCUGCCCUGGGAGGGCCGGGCCAAGCCCCCUGCCUGCGGCCUCUGUCUGCCUCCUUCUGGGGGCACUGAGGAGGGACACCGCCCCAAUGUGUUCCUGGACCUGCAGCAGGCAGUGACAUCACUGGAGAAGGCAGCAUUUGCUUGGCGCCAGGGGGCCUCCAGCCACCAGGGCACAGACCCUGAUGGGAAGGGGCCAGUGACAGAGGAGUUGGGACAGGCAAACCAGAAACUGGAAGAGCUGGCUGAAAGCUGGGAGAUGGACCCAGGAGGGCAGAAAGAAGGGAAGUGCGGGAGUGAGACAGGCCAAGGGCUGCCCACAGAGGAGAGGAGCUGGUACUGGCGGGAGGUGGCCAGCUUCAUGGAGCAGAAUGCUUCUCUCCGGGUGGCACUGGGGAACAAGGAAGAGGAGCUGAGCCAUUCUCGGGGAGCCUUACGGGCCGCCCAGGAGGAGAAGGAAAGGUUGCAGAAAAAGGUCCAGGAGCUGCAGGAUUCUCUGCUGAGGCUGGAGCCAUCUUCACCCCUGCCCCUCAGAAGGGCAGGCUCCAUCAGUGGCUCUAGCAGCCCGGGAGCAGCGGGCAAGACCUGGGGAUCCCAGGACCCCAUCUUUGUGUCUCAUCCCCUGCUCCGACGAGCCCGGAGCUGCUCCAGUGCCCAGCUCCUGGGCCACCUCCGGCCCCAGCCUCAGCCCCUCGUUCCCCAGAUGCAAGACCUGGAAGUCCAAAUGGAACAACUGCGGGGGAACAUUGAGAAACUCAAGUGCCUGAACCAGCUGCUCUCAGCAGCCCUGCGGGAGUGCAAGAGUGACUCGGAGGCACUGAGCAUGCGGCUGGGCCAGCAGGAGUCUGACAGCACGGCCCUGCGUCUGGCCCUGCAGUACAGCGAGCAAUGUGCGGAAGCUUACGGGGUGCUGCUUGCGCUGAGUCAGGCAGAACUGGGGAUUGCGCCAGUCCUCGGAGCAGAAGGAAUCCCAGAGAACUUCGACAGGAUGGAAAUGGUCCUGGCUGAGGCUGGGAAACUGCUGGCGGAAGAGGAGCCUCCAGAGGGAAGAGGUGCCCAUCCCAGUCCUGAGGGCAGCAGUGUGGAUCCCUUGACAAGACCGGCGAAUUCCCAGGAGGCGGCCACACUGUUGAGGAGCUUUAUCCAGAAUCUGAGGGAGCGCCAGGCCCUGCUGAAGAUCUCCCAAGUGGAUGGCUGCCACCCAGCCCCUGACCCCAUCCGCCCCAACUUAGAGGAUAUCAUGCAGGCGGUGCUGGGUGCCCAGCCUGGAGGUGCUCUUCCAAGGUUGGAGAAGAUGCAGAUUCUGCAGGAGCUGGCCACCAUCAGAGAGGCCCUGGCUGACCAGAAGACCCAGCUGUGCCUUCUGGAGAAAGAGAAACGUGGGCUGGAGCUGCGGGACUAUGCCCACCGUGCCCAGGGGGCCACCUACCUCCUGCUUCUUGAGCACCUGCAGUGGGAGCUGAGCCAUGGGCCCGGGUGGCUUGGCACGGUGCUCAGCUCCAGCGGUGGCAGCAGCAUCAGCAGCGACAGUGAUUGCAGCAGUUGUGCUGGGGAACCUGGCGAUGGAGAUGCAAUGUUGGGGAAACCUAGGGUGGCCCGGGACACAAAGGUGAUGGCACAGGAACUGGAAAGUUCUCUGGCUCGGGGCCAGGAACUGCAAAGCCGAAUCCAAGAGCUGUUGGCAUCACUGGAGAAACUUGCCAGCACCGGACAAGUCCAGAGGGCACAGUGUGUGGAACUCACCAGUGACUUCUUCAAAGCCCACAGUGCCCUGGUUUUGGCCUUCCGCAACGCCAAGCGGAAGCAGGAUGAGCAGCUGCGGCAGCUGGAUGCACAGAUGGGGCUGAUGUCAGCCCGGCAUGCGGAGCGGCUUGAAACUCUGGCCUGCACGGCCCGGGUUCUGGAGGAGCGCCGGGCCGUGGGGCCUCUGGGCGAAACUUCCCUCUGAGGCUCUUGUCCCGCCCCAGCCGCCUCCCCAGGGCUGGGCCAUACUGCUAGGACGAGUGAAUAGCCACGCCUCCACUUUCUCCCCCGACCAGCUUUCCCUCUGCCUGCCCCCUUGCCAGCCUCCAGAUGGUCAUCCUCUCAAUUCUGGGAAGCCUCUCCCUCCCGGCGACCUCUCCCUCUUUACCCCUUGCCCGGAUCCCAACCACUCCUGAAGCCUAGACCUCGUGGCUGCAGUACCAGGGCCUACCCAGCGAGGGCGCCUGUACACAGGGCACCAACGCCCUAGAUGGAGGGAGCCUAGCGGCUGGUCUGAGGUCGCCGAUUUAGAUCCCGGCGAGGCUAGGCAUGGCCGGGUUGGGGAGCUCAGUGGGGGCUGAUCCCCUAAAGGGCGAGUCAAGGGCCCUCUCGGACUGAAGCUGGUUUACUACCGGGCCGGGACUGCUCUCUCUUCCCCUUUCCCGGCUAGCGUGUGGGGUCCUUGCGGGGAGCCCGAAACCCCUCGCCAUCCAGGCAGAACUUGGGGGAGAAGGCAGUCCGAGCAGCAGGCCGGGCGGCGGGCGGAAGGAUGCCUCCUGGGCUAGGGAACGGACGGUCCUUGCAGAGUUGCGGUCAAGGACCCGGAGCCGUGGAGGAGGGAGAAGGAGGUGGGGUAGAUCCCGGAACGGGGAGGGGCUGUCGGCUCCCAGCCACACCACCCGGCCCCUAGGGUUGCUAAAGCCUAAGGCGUG